GAGUAGUGCUGGGGGGCCGAAACCGUCCAGUGUUGUGGUGGGCCGCGCCGAGCACCGCAGCCCGCGCCGUGUGCCGCGCCGCCACUACCCUACGUGACAGGUCAGUCUGUGAUACUCAAUGGCCUGGCAGGCUACCACAGUUGUUUCUUUGUCACUGUGGCUUGUAUGGCUGUGCUGCCCGUGCCACAGUUUGCCUAUAUGUGAAGAAGCGGAAGAUGAGACACCACUCCAUCUUCUGUCCACCAAGACGGGUUAUUUUAAUGCUCACAAAGAUGGAAGCCAUUGGGAAAAGUUCAUGGAGGAAGUGCGUGGCUGCUCAGCCAGGCAAGUUUGGCUCCUGGCUCGUCAUGGCACACGCUUCCCUACCAGCAAUGAUAUGGGGCGCAUGGUGAAGCUGCUGCCAUCACUCAGCCAGAGGAUUGGAGACAACCACCACCAGGGCAGAGGCUGCCUCAAGGAGAGUGAUGUCGCGCAGCUCAAAAAUUGGUUUCCCCCUUAUGAGAUGCGAGACAGAGAGCAACUGCAGGAGAUGGGUCAUGAAGAGAUGGCUUCAAUUGGUUCACAUUGGCGUGAAUUCCUCCCUCACCUUUUCAAUGGGACCUAUGAUCCCAGCUUGUUCAAGAUUGAUUUCACCGUUAAGAAUCGAACAGAGCAGAGCGCAUACCAUUUUCUACGGGGUAUGUUUGGGGAGGAUGCUGUUGGCAAUAUUGAAUUACCAAAGGCUUACAGUCCCAAUUUCAUUCUUAGGUUUUACAAGGCGUGCCCAAGGUGGCUGCGUGAGGUGUACAAGAACAAUGAAACCACCUAUAAGGAGCGCUGGCUGUUUACUGAAACAGAACAUUUCAAGAGGAUGCUACAUGCAGUCAGUGCCAGACUGGGCUUCAUGCACCCAAUUUCUACAAAUGAGGUGGAGUCAAUGUAUGAUGAGUGCCGCUAUGAGACAGCAUGGUGGCCAAAGCGGAAGAGUGCCUGGUGCUCAGCCUUCUCUCUCUAUGACUUUGAGGUAAUGGAAUACCACCAAGACCUGAAGUACUACUAUGAAGACAGCUAUGGCCACCCUCUCAAUUCCAAGACUGCCUGCCAGACUCUCAAUGAUUUACGGAAGCAGUUUCAGCGGACAGUACAGAGUGAUGGAGAAACCAAGCCAAGAGGUCUGUUCUACUUUGCUCAUGACAAGACAAUAUUCAAGGUGAUGGCCAGCUUUGGAUUGUACCGGCCACCUGAUCACCUGCGGCACAACAAUUUUGAAGACAUGAGGAACAGGGUGUGGAGGACGAGCUUCAUUUCUCCCUUCAGUGCCAAUCUGGCUCUUGUACUCUACAAGUGUGGGGAGGGGCACAAGGUAGCAGUGUUCUUCCAGGGGGAGCCAGUACCCUUGACUGAGAUAUGCAAGGGGACGGUGUGUGACUGGGAGGAGCUGCAGCACUGGCUCAAGGAAAGUUACCUUUCCUGUGACCUCAACACUCUCUGCAUGUUGAAGGAUGAGCUCUAACUUAUAGAUCAGUUGUACCAGACAUUUUAUAAUAUUUUAAAGUUUCAUUCCACAACUUACUUCUUUGAAAAGGGCUGUGGAGUGAUAUGGGUUUGUUUUUAAAUGCUCCUAAGACUUACCACUUUCUUGUGUUGAGUGAUGAGCUUCAUGCAGUUAUUCUUCACAAAGGAGUGGGAAGGAAACUUAAUGAUCCUCACACAAAUAUUUAUUGACAUUUAAAAUGUUUACCUUAAUACCCAGUAAUAUCCUCCUUCCAGGUAAAAGGAGUCAUGGCACGAAUAUUUUACCUAGAUAAUCUUAUUUUAGAUUAGCAAUAUUACUUUUUUACACCAUGGCCUGAAUGCUUUGCCAAGUCAUAAAUAGAAGAAAAUGAACAACCUGUGGCCUGUGCUGACACAGACCAAUCUAAUAUUAUAAUAAUUAUCUGAAGGCCAUGUUGUCUACUUUUUAUCUUUCUUACUAAUAUUGUCACAGUUAAACUACAAUGAAGAUUUUUCUUCUUUUCAAACAAAGUUAAAAAAAAGAAAAGAAAGAAUGAUAAAGUUAGGAGUACAUGCUAUGCUGCAUGUUGCCUGGGUCUCAACUCGAUCUCUUUGCCGCCUGAUGGAGAGGACAAGAUAAUAUGGCAGGGCUCAGAGUUUCAGCUUGGUUCCUGAAUCAAGGAGGCAAAGUACUGAAAAGCAGCAGCAUUCUAAUCUCCAUUAUCAUUUCUUGCAUCUGUGGCUCUGUUAAGCAUUUUAGAAUAUUUAUGUUUGAAUCUGGCAUUUUUUUUAAUAAUGGUAAAUUGUGAUAGGAUAAAUGAAGGCCAUUCCCCAGUGUGUCUUCCAAGUGCCCUGCAGGACAGCAAGCACAAGUCCUCAAGAAUAUUCACGGCAAAACAACUAGUGUUGUUUCUAAUUGAAGUUGGGCAUACAGGUCAUUAUGGAAUGCCAAUUAUUUUCCCUCUGAGUCUCCUUCCAUUGUAUCUAUCAGCUUGGUUCACAUUGUGAGUUAUGCGUGACAGAUAGUCAUCCUGUAUGCUUUAAACUAAUUGUCUGCUCUUGGAAGUUAGCUAAUUUCUCAUAUACAUUUUAUAUAAACUCUAAUGCUGUAUUUACAGCAUAAUCUGCAUAUGAAGCAUAAAUAUCAAUCAUUCUUCAAUUAUAAAAAAUCAGUUGCAGAUAAUCUCCACUGGAGACAUGAUACCUUUUAUUUUUCCCUCAUUUUCACUUACUGUUGAUUAAAGAUUUGCAUUGUGCUUGCACUUCAAAAUAUUUGUUCAAGUUGCCCAGCAAACAGUUCCACAACUCUAAAAAAAAGUUAGUGCAACCACAAGCACAACAAAAAAAGUUGAGGCACUGCCCACCCUGGAUAUAUUACAGAUACGUAUAUAGAUAGAUAUGGAUGUAGAUAGAUAUAUAUAUAUAUAUAUAUAUAUAUAUAUAUAUAUAUAUAUAUAUAUAUAUAUAUAUAUAUAUAUAUAUAUAUAUAUAUAUAUAUAUAUAUAUAUAUAUAUAUAUAUAUAUAUAUAUAUAUAUAUAUAUAUAUAUAUAUAUAUAUAUAUAUAUAUAUCCCACACACAUAAACAUAUACUUUGCAUCAGUCAAAGGAGUUUGAAAUAUAAAACCACUAAAGCCAGUAAUGAUUUGUUUGUUCUUUGAUUUUGGAAAAGAAUACUAAAUCACUAAUACCUUUGCACAAAAAGUACCCCCAGCAGCAGCACCAUUGUGUCUUGGAAUUUCACUGUCCCUCUCAUGUACUCUCAAGUCAUUGGGGUCACUACCCUAACAUAGGGUGCUGUUCCAGAUGUGCUGACAAUCACAAAUUAUCUCCUCACGCAAUGGUAUACUUUGACAGUUAUUAUUAUCAGUUCAUAAGUGCAUCCUUCUAAAGUUCUAAACCAAGUGUUUGUCUCUCAUUGUAUUUGUGACCAACUUUCUAGUGAUAGUUUAAGAUAUAAUUGGGUGAGCGAGGUAGUAGGUGACUAAAACACAUUAUAUGUCGUCUUUCAUAGAGUACUUAUUUUGUGACCCCCUGACAUGUACUGACAUAAAGGAUUGUAUCUGGCCUAAGCCUCCCAUAAGCUGUACUGGUACUGGGCAACAACUCCAGAAGAGUUGCUUGAAAUUUGAGAGUAGAAUGUUACUGCCUUGCCACAAAGUUUGUUAGUACAGAUCAGUGGUGGCUUCAAAACCAGUUUCAUUUGUAAAAUAGGCAGCUCAUACAGAACCUGUGCUUGGAUUUUUGCAAUCUAUAUUUUUUCACCUCAAUAUAAAUUUUUAAGAAAAUUUUAGAGAAAUGGUGUUUGUCAUGUGUGUGGAGUUUAGUAAGAAAUUGUCUUCAGAAACCAUGCUGCAUUACUCUCUAGUGUUAAUUGAGACACAGAGGAAACAGAGUAAGAACACAGGGUAACACCCCCUUGCCCCCGUAUAUACUUCAUUAGGAGUGGUUUAUUCCCAUUUCUACAGGUGCCUGGCUGCUUAGUCCUUACGUGUGCAAACCACCCACAUGGUAGCCACCCUUCAUAUUGUAUGCUAAAAUGUCAACUUUCCAAAAUUUACUCUGAAAGAAAUAUUGAGUUACAUGCUGUAAAGCAUCUUCAUUUUGAAAAAUUUAAUAUAUUUUAUUAAAUUUAUAGAACUCAACAUAGCAUGAGGAUGUACAGUCACCUCUCCUUUGUACCCCCCAGUUAAUUUUUUUAGGCAAUUGUGUGAAUAUGGUGUGUAUCAGACAGAGAUAUCCCUGCUUAGCAGCACAGAAUCUAAGACAGGAAUGCAACUAAGGUCAUAUAUGAAAUUUACCUUGCCUGAUGGGCCCACAAAACUUUAAUUAAGCUUCCAAGGGUAAUUAUUUAACAUUUUAUGAUUUUAAAUAUUUUGCCAGAUAUCUUUGAUGUCCCAUUCCAUCCUUACACAAAAAGCAAUAGCUUUUGUAUGACAGCUGUACUAAAAAUAUGAAACUUGAAUGUUCAAAUUUCAAAUAGUUGUUUUCUUAAUGGGUUUUAUCUUUGUAUACAGGUACUUUGUACUUGUGCAUAGCUUUUGGUGUAGUGUGCCAUGAGUUAGUUGUCUUGUGUUGGAGAAGAGGCGAGGAAAGUCUUUUAAAGCAAUGUCCAGAUAUAGAUCAUUUGUUGCAUGGAUGUAAUAUUUCAACAGUCCAUGUUUAAGAUGACAGUGUUUAGUGUUUUAUUAUAUGUUGUGUCAUGAGGUAAUCAAAUCUCAGCCUUUAUUAUCAUGGUUCAGUGGUUAUGACUUUUAGUAUUCUGAUUGUAAUAUACGGGUAAUGUUUUAGAUAUUGUUUUAUCUCAGGAGAGUUAAAGUGUGGUAAAGCAGGGCAAAGUUAAGCACUUAUGAGUGGAAAAAACAUCCAUUUGUGAUUAGUAUUAUAAAGAAGGACACAUCAUUCAUCAUAAUUGGCCCAUUUGCUGGUCAUAAUGAUAUUUAUAAUAUAUUAUUAUUAUUAUUUUUAUCAUCAUAAUUACAGGUGAUUAACUUCAUCCUGAAAACAAAAUUAGCAGUGUUGUUUAAUGGCCACUGUCUCAGUCAUGCCAUAGUUUUGUUGAGAUGAGGUGCAGUGCAGUGCCCCUGACCUUGAAAUUCAAACCUUUGCCUGGAAGUUGAAGUCCAACUUAACAUCGUGUAGCAAGACAUUAUGUGCUCUUGACAGUCACUAAGCAGUGUCAUACCACAAAGACACAUUUGGCAAUGGCAUGCAUCUGGGUGUUUGUGGAACAUUAAUAGUUAUUGAUUAACAAAUAAUAGUUUUAGAUUUUCAACUGAUUUGCUAAUAAUUAGAAAAUUAUGGUAAAUUAUGCAAUGUUAAAUUGUAGUGACUGUUAAUUAGUAUUACAUCUUUGGCACUAGCUGAUAAGUUUUGUGUUCUGGUGCUAAUAUCAACUGUGGUAUAUGAUAUCCAUAGAUAGUUAACUGCUGCAUAUGUUUUUAAGGCUCUGUCAUCACUAGUGUAAAGUGCGUUUAUUAUUGCUGAAGUGUUCACACAAGUAAUGCUUAAGUAGAAGUUCUUAAGAUGUUAGGAAAUUAACACAUUGUUGUGUACUCAGCUUUAUUGACCUCAGAUUAUUUGACUCUACUUUUCUUGAACAUGACAUGUAUUUCUGCGACACCAUACAGUAUACAGCAAUUUUUUUAUGAAUCCAACUCAUGGUGCAUCCUGUGCUUACUUUAACCAUAUUUAAAAGUUUUUUAAUAUAGAAUGUGUUUGUGUAAAACAGUAUUAGGAAUCUUUUAUUGUCACUAAUCACAGCAUCAGGAAAGCCUGAUUCCUAUUAAACAGCUAAAGCCCUGAUGAGAUUCAUGGGCAGCAUGUGGCUACCCCAAGCUAAAAGCCACAGAUAAGAUGGUAAUGAUAUUCCCAGAAGUCAGGGUGAUAAGCAUUCCACUAUGAUUAUUUGCAACACAAUAAUAUUGUAAUGACAGUAUGGUGCUGAAAUUUAUCGUAAGAUAUUUAGUAAUAAAAAUGCCUACAUCAGCCAUCACCUCAUACAAAGGUUGUCAACUCUUCACACCUAUCAUGAAGGAUGCAAGAACACCUCACAAAAAGAAGAUUGAAAGUAUGAGACAAGAUUCGCAUUCUUCAGUAGCACCCUUCACAUACAGAAAAAUGUGUCCUCAAUAUCCUGCAGCCUCCAAGAAUCUGGUGUCUUUAUGAACAUUUAUAAAACAUAUUUUCACAGUGUAUUGUGUGGUACUGAUUGUCAUAUUCAGUCUUGUGUUUCAUAAAAGGCCUAUCUACGCAAGUCCCCAGACUAACUUGUUUGGUACUAGUUCUCAUCCUGAUAUGAUCUCACCAAGAGCCAAGAGGAGAUUCAAAGUAAGAUUCAAGGAAGCAAUGCACUGGGAUGUAUGCUAUAAAGAAGAAAAGAGUAAUUAUGCUUCAUACAUCCGAGUGGAACCAAACAAGGGGUCAAUGUUGCAGUAGUGAUAAGAGGAUCAUGUCCAUAGUCUUGUCCUGAUAUCUGCCCCUUGGACCUCCACCAAGGCAGAAGCUGUGGCACCCCUCUGCAGUCAGCAUUCUGCCCAUGUAUGGCUUGAGUCUCUCCUUCCAGCCUUCUCUUCUCCAAGGGCACUCUUGGACAUUUUCCAGAUCUGUGGGAUUCCUACAAGGAUUAUUAUCGCAAUGACUGGCCUUUACUCUGGGACAGAGAGUGCUGUGAAGUGUGGGGGAGACAUUUUUGGCUUCUUCCCUGCUGAUUCAGGAACAGCGUCUGAAGUUUGAUUGACAGCUGGAUUGUCCCACCACUGUGUAGAAAGAUCUUUUCAUCCAUUCCAGUAAAGAGGUGACUUGUUGGAGGAUUGGUAUGCCUGGCAGUGCACAACACCUGAAAGCAAUGACACCAAAAUGAAAAACAUUACCCAAGUACUGCAAUUAAAAUAUUGUUGUGUACAUUUGAUUGUUAAAGGUAUAUACCUAUUUCUGUAACGAAUUUAUUUAAGUGUUUUGAAGCAUCAAUAAAUAUGCAGGUGGGGA